UUCGCAGAUAGAGGAGCACAUGGCUAAGCCAGUUGCAACCUUGGCGAGGUGGUCGGACCAGCAGAACCUGUCCAUCUCAUGCCGGCACUACCACCACCGCCGACGAGAGACCCGCUCCAUCGUAUCUUGCACAAACUCUCGCGUGUCGCGUCCACGUCGUCGCUUCCAGACCUGUCGCGAUCUCCAUCGACCACGAGCUCGAGCUCUUCUAGCGCCAAGAGUAUGAGUAACAGCAGCAGUCCUUCAGGCAAAAAGGCGUAUGUUGUCGACAUGGAAGGACCCCUUUGCGUCCUUGAGGGUUCGUCCUGGACGCCCGGGGCGGCGCAAUCAGCUCCUGCCGACAAACCUCGAUGGACCAAGCGGUACUGUCAACUAGUUGGCGCGACUCUGUACAUCUACGAUGCUGGGCAAAGCGACGACCUGUGGGUAGAUAAAGUCGAACUCAGUGUACCGCCGACGUCCACUGAGGCCAAACUCUUGUGUUCAACGAGUUCCACCUCGUUCACGCUGCCGCGGCACCUCUUCAGUCGCCCUGGGCGAAAAAUACUCUCAUUCGGCCAUGGAAGCAUUGCGUUGUCGGAGAGGCUACAUUUCAAGGCCGCAACAGUGACCGAAGCCAAAGCAUGGAUCGACGCGUUUGCCGCCAUCAUAACACCGUCCCUCGCCAAGAAGCGACGGGUGCAAGACACGCCACCCCAAGCCUCGGCGUCGACAGCGCCAACGCAGCCGACAUGCAGCACUGAGCAUAGCAACCGCGCAUCCCCAACGACUUCGAAUCAGAGCCAACCCAAUCUGCUCGCAGACGACACCGUUGCCGUGGCUGACCAAGUGGCCACCACGUAUGUCGUGACACUGCCUUCACUGCCGCCCGCCAAAGUCCUUCACAUCGUGCUUGUACGACAUGGCCACUAUGUGAAUGCACACUCCAAGCACGCCCUCGACUCGGACCAAGUGCUGUCCCAUAUCGGUCGUCGCCAAGCCGACUGCGCCGGUCGCCAUUUGCGCCACCAACUCGUGACCGGAUCGUCGUCGAGACAUGAUCCUGUUCUCCUCCACAGCGACAUGGAGCGGGCUGUGGAGACCGCGGCGAUCAUCAGCGGGUAUUUUCCAGACAGUUGUCUCACCCCGACACCGCUCCUGCGCGAGGGUUGGCCCGGGGCGCCAUCCAAGACGACCCUGGCCGUCCAUGCAGCGUCCGAUGAAGUUGGAGAAGAGGCCCGAGUCGCGAGUACCGCGCCGUCCCCCGAAGCACAGGCAGCCGAAGACCGGCGGCUGGACAUGGCGUUCCAAGCCACGUUUGCGCUUGAAGAUACCGACCAGGACAACGAUCGCGGCCGCGCCAGUUUGGACCCUGAAGAAGUCCAUCAUGGGGCGGCGGCAGCGUUUGGUACGACCAACUGCCGCGUGGUGGUGUGCCAUGCCAACUUAAUCCGGUACUUUUUGUGUCGCGCGAUGGGCGUGUCGGCCGCGGGUGUGUGGGGCGCAUUUGAAAUCAACCACUGCGGCAUCACCCGCAUCGACGUCAGUUCGACCGGCGCGUGCAAAAUUCUCGCCGUCAACGAGUGCGGUCACUUACCGCAGACGUUGCUCACCAGCAGUACCGACCACUUAUAACUUAUUCUCCACCACGUUUUGAAAAGCUUUCAGCCUCCAUCGUUUGACGACUCCACGCACGUACAUCACGUUCGACACCACCGCAUUCAUAUCGCACGCGGAGCAGCGACGUCAAU